UUAUGCAACGUGCCCUCUAGUGGCAAGUCAGGUUACAGGUCUAUUUUGAAGGAUCAAUUUUUGAACGUAGGGAUUCCACAGUAGGAAGUUUGUAGGGUUGUAGGGAUGUUUAUGGAAUAUUUUUAAUGAAGAAAAAAACCCACACAUAUUUUAGAAGUUAAUUUUAUCUUCAAAUUAUAUGAAUCAAAAUACUUAUGUAGUACACAUGCUGUACUUCUGCCAACUUUUUGUCAUCACCCUGGGAUAAAUCAGUACAUGUACUUUACCACAUGUUGCCACACCUUAAAAAGUUUAAAAAAAAAAAAAGAAAAAGAAAAAGAAACCCGGCCCCCGUUUCGUAAACUCUCAAAUAUUUUUUUUUUCUGCUGCUCAUUAUUACUUAAUAUAUCUCUGUGUCCACGUUGCCAUAUCACAUUUGGGAUAUUUAGGGGUCCCCCUAGUGGCUUUUGUUACAACUUGCAGCCAUAUAUCAAGUCUCGCUGCCAGUGUUGCCCUGGUGUGACUUCUCUCUCCGCAGCAUGGAAGACACAAAGCUCAGGAUGGGCUGCAGCCCUGCACAGUCCGGCGGCUCCAAAAGUGCCCGGGAGCGGGGCAAGUGGGGCAGUAAAAAGGAGUUCAUCUUGUCUGUGGUGGGUGCUGUGAUUGGACUCGGAAACGUCUGGAGGUUUCCUUAUCUGUGUUACAAGAACGGCGGCGGAAUAGGCUACGCUAGCCAAAUGAUCAUUUUCUACGGAAGCAUCAGCUACAUCGUGAUCCUGGCCUGGGCUUUCCUGUAUUUAUUUUCUUCCUUCUCUGAAGAUCUGCCCUGGGCCAACUGCAACAACGCGUGGAACACAGAUGCUUGUUUUGUGUUGAACAACUUUAAUGCGAGUGCUAACGGGACGUCAGUGAAUGCAUCAUCAUCAUCAUCACUGUCAUCAUCAUCAUCAGUUUUAGAGUUUUGGCAGCGGCGGGUGUUAAAUAUAUCCAGUGGGAUUGAAGAGGUGGGGUCCGUGCAGUGGGAGCUCUCCCUGUGCCUUCUUCUGGCCUGGAUCAUCUGCUACUUCUGUGUGUGGAAGGGUGUGAGGUCCACGGGGAAGGCGACCUACUUCACAGCUACGUUUCCUUUCCUCAUGUUGGCCGUGCUGUUUGUCAGAGGGAUGACGCUCCCCGGUGCCAUGCACGGCAUCAAGUACUACCUGUGGCCUAACCCUGCCAGACUGGCCGACCCGCAGGUCUGGAUGGAUGCUGGGACACAGAUAUUUUAUUCAUACGCUAUAUGUCUGGGCUGUCUGACCACACUGGGGAGCUACAACCCCUACCACAACAACUGCUACAGUGUGGACUCUGACUCACAUAAAAAAGAAAACAAAAACCUGAAUGAAAUAAGUUGGUGUGGUCAUUACUGGUCUCUCCGCUCAGGUCCUGGCCUGGUCUUCAUCGUGUAUCCACAGGCGGUGACUCUGCUGCCGUGGCCUCAGGUUUGGUCCGUGUGUUUCUUCACCAUGAUCAUCUUGUUGGGAAUAGACGGUCAGUUUGUUGGACUUGAAAGUCUGAUGACCUCCAUAACGGACAUGUUCCCUGAUCAGAUCCAGAGAGGAUAUCGCAGAGAGAUCCUCCUGAUGCUCCUCUGUGCCUUUUGCUACCUGAUGGGCCUUUCACUGGUGUCACAGGCCGGGGCCUACAUUCUGCAGAUCUUUGACCACUACGUCUGCAGUGGUCCCACCCUCCUCCUGAUGGCGAUCAUCCAGUCUGUGAUUAUUGGAUGGAUCUAUGGUGCUGAACGCUUCUCCAGUAACAUUAAGGACAUGAUUGGAUACAAACCUCUGUCCCUGAUCAAGUACUGCUGGCUCUACACCACUCCUCUGGUUUGCAGUGGCACGCUCAUAUUUCUGAUCCUUAAAUUCAGCCCCCUGAGGUUCAACAACACCUACAUUUACCCCUGGUGGGCUUAUUAUGUCGGCUGGUUUUUGGCGUCGUCCUCGCUAAUUAUGAUUCCACUCACUAUGAUCUGCAAACUGGCCAAUGGCAAAGGGACCCUGUGGCAGCGCCUGAAGACAAGCUCACGACCAGCAGACGACCUUCCGAUGGUGGUCAAACGAUAACUCGGUGCGAAACUCUCAGAUCACAGCAUUGAAGACAAAUAUAUAAAUGUAAUACGAAGUGUUUGUUUAUGUUUUCUUAUCUUUAUCUUUUGUUGAUUACAAAUCAUUUACAGUGUUACUUACUUAUUUAGACCUUCUUAUUUUUUAUCUGCUAAUCAUUUAAUAUUGUUUGAUCAGUAUAUUAACAAAAUAGUUUUUCCAUUAAUUUUUUUUGUAUCAUAAAUGUGAUAAUGUGUUCUCAAGGGUACAAGAGCCAGAGGACUUUAUGUGGAGACUCUUUCUCUGAAUGUUUUUUUGUGUGUGUUUUUCCAACAUGGAAAUCAUUUGCUUCAGGAACCUCUGCAGUACUUAUAAAGUAUGACGGCAGCUGUUUUGUAAGCUUAAAAAUG